CCCUUUAGCCAGUGUAAUUACGCAUACAGAUUGUUAUGGCUUAAGGUUACAUAUUUAAGACGAAUAAAUGGGAACAAUUAGACCGAUUCAACCCUCUCAAAUCUUCACAUUAGGACAACGAGAUGUUUCUUCAAAUGAAUGCCUGGAAGGAGGGUGAUUUGGGAGAACAAGGAGCCCCCAGCAGUGUCUGGCUGUAACACGACGCUUCAGGAGUUGCCAUCAUCACAUGGCAGAUGGAAAUUUCCACUCAGUCUCCUUGCUUGUUAAAUGGGAAGGGUCUCCAACUCUUGUCUCCACUAGUUCUCCGCCUGCUACAGCUGUCCGCCACCCUCAAAGAUUCGCAUGUCCUGCAGCCUCAGGCUAUCCGGUUUUUGCUCCAGGUCAGAUGAAAUACCUGAGGUUCAGAGGUCUUUUCUUAUAGGUGACAAGGUCUAGCAGCGGUUGAGGAAGAAGCACAUCACCGCCUUGUGAAAUCUAAAACUGAAAUCCUACCGAACUUCUCCACCUCUUGUCCUUGCACCACUAUGCCGGGAGCUGUGGAUCGUAUGGAGCUUAGCAAAGUCUCCACAGAGGCUGAUGAUGACAGCAACGACAGCCUGGAUGACCACUACACAGAGCCCAUCGACUCUGAGAAGGCCACCAUCGACAGUAGUCAGUUCCUGGAUGACAAUGAUGACGGAGAAAGCCAUAAGUUCCUGUCAAAUGGGAUGAUGAAGAAGAAGAAAUAUGAGGAAUACCAUGAAGAAUAUCAUCCCGGCCACACCUCCUUCGGGAUGUCUGUCUUCAACUUGAGCAACGCUAUCAUGGGCAGCGGCAUCUUGGGCCUAUCCUUCGCCAUGGCAAACACUGGCAUUGUGCUUUUUACAAUCCUCCUCAUCGCUGUGGCCAUCCUCUCCCUGUAUUCUGUUCAUCUGCUCCUUGUGACAGCUAAAGAAGGAGGAUCCCUGAUCUACGAAAAGCUGGGAGAGAGAGCAUUUGGUUGGCCUGGGAAAAUGGCAGCAUUCGGAUCGAUUACUAUGCAGAAUAUAGGAGCCAUGUCCAGCUACCUUUUUAUUGUGAAGUAUGAGCUGCCUGAAGUGAUCCGGGCCUUCUUGGGUUUAGAAGAAAUCUCUGGAGAGUGGUACCUGAACGGGAACUACCUGGUGGUGUUUGUGUCGAUCGGAAUCAUCCUACCUUUGUCUCUCCUUAAAAAUCUCGGCUACCUGGGCUACACCAGCGGUUUUUCCCUUUCCUGCAUGGUCUUCUUCUUGGGUGUGGUGAUCUACAAGAAGACCCAGCUGCCCUGCCCUCUUCCUUUCUUUUACGGUCACUCUUCCAACCUCAGCAUGAAUGCUUCAGACUUGCCGGGGCUGUACCCGCCACAAAACAGCUCAGCGCACAUGGACUUCUCCCGGGCCGACGUUUCCCCGGCAGUCCUCGGCAGCCAUGAUGCUCACCAUUCCAGCGGUGUCCACUUCGCGCCUCACCCUGACGAUGAGGAGAUGUGCACGCCCAAAUACUUCAUCUUCAACUCCCAGACGGCGUACACUGUGCCCAUCCUGGCCUUUGCUUUUGUCUGCCAUCCUGAAGUCCUGCCUAUCUACAGUGAGCUGAAAGAUCGCAGCCGGAAAAAGAUGCAGAACGUCUCCAACCUGUCCAUCUUUACUAUGCUCAUAAUGUAUAUGCUGUCGGCACUGUUCGGCUACCUCACCUUUUAUGACAAUGUGGAAGCAGAGUUGCUCCACACCUUCACCAAGGUCUAUAAGUUUGACACCAUGUUGCUGCUGGUGCGUUUGGCUGUUCUCACUGCCGUCACGCUGACUGUCCCCAUCGUGCUGUUCCCUAUCCGCUCCUCCAUCACCACACUACUGUUUAGCGGCCGAGAGUUCAGCUGGACACGCCACUUGCUGAUUGCCGCUGCCAUCCUGGCCUUUAACAACAUGUUGGUCAUCUUCGUCCCCACCAUCAGAGACAUCUUUGGCUUCAUCGGUUCCUCUGCAGCCACUAUGCUCAUCUUUAUCCUACCUGCUGCCUUCUAUCUCCGCCUGGUAAAAUCAGUGCCGUUUCGCUCCCCACAGAAAAUCGGGGCGACCGUCUUCUUAGUCGUGGGAAUCAUCUUCAUGAUUGGCAGCUUGUCACUCAUCGUUCUCGAUUGGGUCCACAACCCCACAGGCUCCAGCGGUGGUCACUAAGCCCCCUCUUCCUUCCUCAGACUGGCACAAUGCAACAAACUUCCACCCCUACCAUGUCUCAUCUGGUUGGCCUCGGCUGGCCGAACAUUUGGGAACACAUCAGCGAUUCUCUUCCCUUCAGCAAAUCACAAACGUUGAUCAUAGAACCUCAACGCAAAACAACUUCCACUGUUUUCCCCAGAGAAUAUCAGUGUAGGGAGACUUUUUUGCUGUUUCUGUUUCAGUUUUUUGAGAAUUAGAACCCGGAGAGGGGGGAACAGACUUUGGUUUAACAAGCCACCAAGACAGCCUGAAAUCUUCAUCAUUAUUAUUUCCAGCUAUGAAGAGACAGCACAGACACACACAAUGCAGCCCUCACAUGAAGCAGAUCUGUGAACUGAUAUUUGCUGGGCUGGAAAGAUGUUGCGAGUCCUUCAGUCCCCUGUGCACUUGAAGGAGACAUUUGGAGGUGGAGUGCAUCGUCCUCCAUGAAACAAGGAGCACUUCUAGCAUUACGUUUCACUUUGUGUGUAGAGCGAACACACACACAUAUACACACACAUAUACACACAUAUAUAGACAUAGUAAAACACAUCUAAACCUGUAUUUCGUUUAUCGAUGAAAAAUUCCUCAGUCGGCUCAUCUCAGUUAAUCAAUACUGUAAUUCAAUAAUGAAGUAGUAAUAGUGUGCUCUGCUACAUUAACAAUCAGAAGCUUUGCGAAAGUGUACGUGCACAGACAGUUCAUGCUAGAGCCUCCCAGCUCUAAACAAUCAAGGAUUUUUCAUCCUGUCUGUGUACACAAACCAAGGCGAUGCUUUCGGUAUUACUGUCGCAGAGGGAUCUGAACAUGCAAGGCAUCGAUGUACAUAAUUAAAGUGUGUCUACUGAAAAAAAACAUAAUGUACAUAUUAUCUUCAGGUUGUAUGAAGUUCAAAUCAUUUCCAACACACAAUAGAAACACAUGCUGGAAUAAUUUAUUAGGCAUUUGAUGUAGGGCUUGACAGCUAGGGAUAUAAAACCAUAGGUUGUUAUUUUUAUACAUAAUACAAAAAAACAUUUUUUUAAAUGCAGUUGAGUAAAAUACAAUUGGACAAUUCAAAAAUGAAUUCAAUUAAACCAGUGGAGUGAAACGUGAAUUAGAUUAUGUAAAAUAUGUAUGUAAAUUAAAAAAAUAAAAUAUUUUCAACUCUCGCCAAACAAUCUAAAUCACUGAAAACCCAAAAUCUCUCCAAAAUGCCAUUCAAAUGUAAUGUAGGAACGUGAUUAUGUUCUUUUCAACUUAAAGGAUUAGAUUUUGGGAAAUGAGCUUAUUCGUUUUCUUGUCUGGCGUGAGGUAGGAUAGAUUGAUACUACUGUCAUGUCUGCACGUCAAAUAUGAAGCUAAUGCUACAGCAGCCGAUUAGCUUGGCGUAACUAGCCUGGAAGUUUUGGACAAGAGCUAGCUAACUUCCUGAAAACCACAACUUUUAACUUUUCAGUUUUUAUAAAUUAAAAUAGUGAGAUAUAAUGUUUCAGUUACUAAGCUUUAGAGGUGCUGGUUGAUGGCUAGCUGUGUUCCCCUUCUUCCAGUCUUUAGGCUAGGAUCCAGGCACUAGCUUCAUGUUUGGCAUACAGACAGGAGUGGUAUCAGUGUUCUCAUCUAAAUCUACACAACAAAUUGAAUAAGCUUUUUCCUGCAAAGUGUAAAGGCAUUAUUUUGAAGAAGCUAGAUGGUGAACAAUAUCACACACAUCGACGCUUGUUAGAGAAGAACAGUGGAGCUAGCUUAACUUUUGAAAACUACCUUAACAUGCAGAGGAUGUGACCCAUUUUUAAAGUGCAAGACUAUAAACCAAGCUCAAAAACUGUUAUUAUCUAAUUCAUCCCAAAUUUUUUAAAGAUUCUGUAUUUAAACGGUUGACGGGGAUCUUUAUGGGAAAAACAUGUUGAUUAGAUAACAUUUUUUAGUUUUGCUGUUCCAAAAAAUUCAGGUAGCUAAACACAUGGGUCACUUCUUAUGUUUUGUUGACAAGAUCAGUUAUCAAUUAUUAAUCUUAGUGAACUAAUAAUUAUUUCAGUGUUCACUCUGAAGUACAAAAAUCUGAUUAAUAACUGUUACUGGCCUAUUCAUUUAAAUUGUACCUUUUGGAUUGCUCUCAUUAUAAUUGGCUUCUAAUACCGGUGCCUUUGGUAGAAUCAUUGAUGACAACACCAAAACCUCACCUCUUCUCCAAUGCUGUUACGUGUCAUGAACACAUCUAGCCAAAGUGGACAACAUUUAUAGAUCCUUUGCGGAUCUAUGUACAUGAAACAAAUAGAUAUUUCAAAUGAAAUAGUAUAUUAUGUGCAUGUUUUUGGAUUAUAAACAUGGUCUUUUUGGACAAUUGUAUAUGCUCUGUAAAUAAUCUUUAUUUUAUGGUACACUGACCCUCAUUGUCUGUAAGUGGGUUGUUAGGGGAUUCUGCCUUUCAAGUCUUCUGCAAUCCAGUCUUUGUUUUAGUAUACAUAUAAUGUGUAUUUGAUCUUUUUUCCUCUUGUUGUAUGACAAUAGGUUUUUGUUCUUUUAUUUGAAACUUAUAUUUGUAGAAAAUGUGAUCUCUAUAUAUCUAUUUUCAUGUUGCAAUGUUAACUGGUUAUAUCAGGAUGAAUUAACCAACGGCCUACUUCAUAACACAGUUUUGUCAUUAGUCUCAGAACCAAGGCAUUUUACUGUAGCUUAUUGGCCCCUGCUGACCAACACUGGGAUGAAAUGAAAGCUACAUGUAAGCAGUAUUGAUGUUGAAUGUGUUUUUUGAAAUGAUGCUGUAACGCAGGACAGAACAUGAUAAUAAUUUGUUUGGCUUUUCUGCUAUUUAUCACAUAUCACAUGCUUACGUGGAACCACACACCUAUGUUAACGUGGAGCUGGAUACCGUGUUUGCCACUUCUGAAGCUCUACAAGGACUUUCAUAUUCUGUUCUAGUUCAUACCUUACUGUGGCUUAUAAUGUAUAUCCCUGCUGUCAUAGAAAAACCUUUUCAAACCCAAAUUUGGUAACAUGUUCUUUCCAUGACAUUACUUGAACUGAAGCUUUCCACGGCCUGAUAAAGUAAGCAAGCUUCAAGACCGAAGGGUCCACACAGCCCCAGUGCUCACUAUGAAUGUUCAAUAAUACAUUGUUCUCAAUUUGAAAAUCUGGCUCACUCUCUCUAAACUUCUUGAUGAAUGUUUGCAUGUAACUUCAUUAGCCUCCUACCAUCUUAUUCUGCUCACUGGUAUUCCAUGCAACUGUUGCGUCUCUCCCUCAGGUUGGGUUUGGGAUGGGAUCUCCAUCUCAUUUUACAACUCUGUUGUAAUACGUAAUAUAUUACAACAAGGUUGUACCUUGUCUUUUUAAAUUGCUCAAAGAAGUAGAGAUGGCAGCUUUUUGACAGAAUGCUCCCAACACUCUCUACCCCCUUUAGUAUCUCAGGUAUUCAGUCUGGAUGAAUUUUUCUUCCCACUUUUGGAUAACUUCAAAUCCCUUCACCUAUUGCAUGAUUGAGCCAAACUUUACAAUGCUGUUAUAUUGUGCUGGCCUAGAUGAGAAGUCGUCUUGUGGAUUUGUAAGAGCAGACAAGUUCCCAGCUAAUUUUAACAGUGUUUAGAAAGGAGUUGUGCAGAACCACCUGCCUUAUUUUUUUAUGGAUCCUCAGCUGUGGAGAAGCACUUGUUCAAUGUUUCUGCUGUUUACAGUGUCUCCGCAUCCUGUGGAUCAGGCUGAACAUUCAGAUUUGUAAUUUUACCCAAACAAAGGGGAUGUUUUUGUAUCAGUGAUGCUGUUUCAUUAUGAUGAACAAUAAAAAUGUGAAAUAAAAACGUUUUCAUUUU